AUGUUUAUCACGGAUGAAGCUACUGAAAUCUCCCUUCAUAAUGAUUUGUUUGCUUUUAAGUUCUAAUACGAUUUAAAAACUAGUUUAGACUAAUAUUAAUAGCAAAUGAACAAAACUUAUAUCGUUCCCAUUGCUUUCUUUGUCUAUAAAUCUCCUGACAUUAAAUUACAAAAAAUACUCAACAUAAUUGAGUGUACAGAUCCUUAACUUUAAGGCUAUAGCUGUGUAGAUUUUUCAAGCAUAAACAAUUUCACCUUGAUUGAAAGUGUUAGAAAUAAUAUCCGAUCUUAGUUAUAGCUUGUUUAUUACCCUUGUCCAAUAACAGAUAGCUUAAAAACUACUGUUCCUAAUAACUGUGCUAAUCAAACUGAGAUAGAAGACUUUGUGAAUGGAGAAACUGUUGGCUUGAAUUUGAAGUUAUAUACAUAUCAGUUCAAUAUUAGUUCUUAACAAAACCAGGUUAAUUAUAUGAGAAAAUUUAUUUACACUGAAUCAGAUUAAUACAUUAUUAAUCGCUUAAAUCCCUAGUAGUAAAUAACAAAAAUAAGUUAAGGACUUAUUAUUCAAUCAGAAAAUUAAUACUCCGGCCCAAUCAAUUACAACUCUUAUAAUGAUGUUUUUAGUAACCAGUUUGAUUCUCCAUACAUACAAAUAAAUUUUGAAAUGGAUUAAAUAGUUUAAUUUAUUUCUAUUUAAUUUCCUACUAUUCCAGAUAUUUUGGCCUUAGCAAACAGUGGUUUUGCUUUGCUUCUUACUUUAGGCUUCAUUUUUAGAAUGGUUGCUUAAAGAGAUAUAUUUUAAGAUUUUUUGCACGUAUUUUUAUAAAAUAUGUACUAAGACACUUAUGAAGUAAUGCUUAAAGCUAAUAAAGUUUGUGAAGAUAAGUUAUCAGGCAAUAACACAUUAAAUUAGGUGUUAGUAAAAGCAAAUGAAGAAGAAGUUUAAGAAAGAGAGAAUACUUAAGAUGCAAAUCAUUAAAAAGAUGAAAUUAUUGAAAUAAAUGAAUUAAAUAUUGUUAAAGAGAGUAAAGCUACUCAUACUUUUGCUAAUUAAUAAAAAAAUCAAAAUUUAGUGAAUGAUUUAUAAACAAUAGUAAGUUAGGCAAGUAAUUUAGAUUGCUUUAUAAGUAAGUUGAAGAUUAUUAAGGAUCAGUCUCUUUCAGAAAAUUAAAAGAAUAAAAGAAAUAUGGAAACUAUGGAGAAAUAAGUAGGGAAUCAAAUAUUAAAAAGAUUAGACUCCAAGAUAUAAAAGACUAAUUGA